AUGGAGAGGCAUGUGGAAGGGUCAGGGGGAAGGGGGAAGGAUGAGGAAAUGGAUGGGGGAGAUGCUGGACGGAAAAGGAUGAGGUGUAGUACGCUUAUGGCAUUCAUUCCCCUCUCCCUCCUCUCAUCCACCCCACACACAACUCCCCACCUCCCAUCCCAUCCCCCCUCCUACCAUCUCUGCUUCUCGCACCCUGCUCCCCCUUACCUCGUUUCCCCCUUCCUCCUACCCCACAUCCUGCAAUCCACCCAUCUCCCAGUCACCCAUUCACCACCCCCCCACCUCCCAUACCCCCAAUCUCCCAUCCCCCCAUCUCCCAUUCCCCCCAUCUCCAAUUCCCCCACCUCUUAUUCCCCCCAUCGUCAAUUCCCCCAUCUCCCAUUCCCCCCAUCUCCAAUUCCCCCACCUCUUAUUCCCCCCAUCGUCAAUUCCCCCAUCUCCCAUUCCCCCCAUCUCCAAUUCCCCCACCUCUUAUUCCCCCCAUCGUCAAUUCCCCCAACUCCCAUUCCCCCCAUCAUCAAUUCCCCCACCUCCCAAUCCCCCCAUCUCCCAUUCCUCCUAUCCACCCCCCUAUCUCACGUUCCCCUGUCCCUCGUUGCCCAUUCCCCAUCCCAUCCCCUAUUCCCCCAUCUCCAUCCCGUUUUCCCCCCACCACCCCAUUCCCCCACCUCCCAUCCGUUUUCCCAUCCCCCACCACCCCAUUCCCCCACCUCCCAUCCGUUUUCCCAUCCCCCACCACCCCAUUCCCCCACCUCCCAUCCGUUUUCCCAUCCCCCACCACCCCAUUCCCCCACCUCCAAUCCGUUUUCCCAUCCCCCACCACCCCAUUCCCCCACCUCCCAUCCGUUUUCCCAUCCCCCACCACCCCAUUCCCCCACCUCCCAUCCGUUUUCCCAUCCCCCACCACCCCAUUCCCCCACCUCCCAUCCGUUUUCCCAUCCCCCACCACCCCAUUCCCCCACCUCCCAUCCGUUUUCCCAUCCCCCACCACCCCAUUCCCCCACCUCCCAUCCGUUUUCCCAUCCCUUACCACCCCAUUCCCCAUCCGUUGCCCCCCAUCCUGCUCCGACCACCAUCCAAGGGCCCACUGCUCAGCAACAAUUCCUCCCGCAGCGGAUUCGCCACUUUCGUCGUUCCGCCCUUCCCCCCAAGCAUCCCGCUGAGGGGGCGAAGGGUCAGUGA